AUGGAUCCUGAUACAAUAGAAGGACUAAAUGAAGUCCAGCAUGCUGUUUACCGCACUGCUUUCAAACUGCGUUCACUGCAGAAUCUGUGCCAGUUACAUUUUAUAGAUUUGCCACUGAUUGGUCCUAUGCUGCAAGACCUAAGAACAAAGAUACGUGAUGAUGGAGCGAUCUCAGUCCAAGACCUGUCUCAAAGCCUGGAGCUACUGUUCCAGAAUGCCAGCCAGGAGAAACCUGGUCAGGUGGCAGAGGGAGCCACAGAGCGCACCGUGAGCCUGGUAGCCACCAUGUUUGACAGGGAUCAGACAGGUUUUAUUCAACUGAGAUCAGUUGCAGCUGCUUUGAUUGCCUUUUCAGCUGACAAACCUUCAGCUAAGUAUACUGAUCUCUUUCAGCUGGCUGUCCAGUGCAGUGCCAGUCAUUACGCCACCAACAGGCAGGUGACUAGGAGUGGCCUAAGGGUUCUGCUGCAGGACCUGAAGCAGGUGCCUGGGGUAGUUUGUGAGGGACAUGUUUUUGGACAGGUGGAGAGUGCAGUACGCAGCUGCUUUCAUGGGGUGCUCAGUGCAGGGAUUCCUGAAGAGAAGUUUACUGCCUGGUUGAAUUCAGAGCCCCAGUUUCUUUUGUGGCUCUCCACCCUGUACAGAGUAUCAGCCACUGAAGCUGUCAUCCAUCAGUCAAGGUGUGACAUCUGCAAAGCUUUCCCCAUCACUGGUCUCAGAUAUCGAUGUCUGAAGUGCCUGAACUUUCACAUUUGCCAGCGGUGCUUUUUAACCAGUAGGACUGCAAAAAAUCAUAAGAACUCACACCCUGUGAUGGAGCACUGUUCGCAGCCCUCUCUGAGGGAGAAUCUGAAAGUUUUCACUCGAACUGUACGGAACAACUUGCUGACAAGGCAGUGUAAGCAGAAAGAGGCUCAGAGAAGAGGGGCUUUGCUUGUAGUGCAGAGUGAAGAGUUCCCUGCUGAGGACCAGAGACUCACUGACCUAUCUCAUCAAGCGCUCAGUCACAGUCCUACAUGUAUCUCACACUGUGAUGCAGGAGUUCAGAUCCAGCCAGAGGAGAUCAUUAGGAAAGCAUCAAAGGCCAUGCAAACAGAUGAAGCAGAACCCAAAUAUCAGCCAGAGACUCUAAGGCAGAAACAGGUUCCCAGAAUUAUGCCGAAGAAAGUCACAAUGACUCCUUCAGAAAAAGAAUUAUACCACUCAAGAGCAUCUGUCAAGGACUUAGCGAGGGGCAAAUGGUAUCUGGAAGAGCAGCUACAGCUGUGGAAAGUUAAAGUUCAAUCCGAGAUCAACUCACAAGAAGACAAGUGUGACAAACUUGAAGCAAAGAUUGAAGUCCUAACAGAGCACAACAAAAACUUACAAGAUGAACUGGUUAAUGUUCGACAGCUAGUACAGGUAAAUCUUAACCGUACUAAAAGCAUUUUGCCAAAUGUUUCACAAUCUACUGAAUUGAACUCAAGGAUCAUGAAUGAACAUAUAGCUGUUCAAACACGACUUGGUCAAACAUGCUCUGUCAGAAACUUGAAAAACAAAGAACGGCAGCCAUCUUCAUUGAGAGCGGACAGCAGAAAGCCAGUCUCUUACCCCAAUAAACAUGAGACAGCAGGCUCUAAUUCAUUCACCAGGUACGCAGAGGCUGAAGCCAGAAUAUCAGACAAACAUCAAGGAGUACUAUCUGAAACCCACUCCGGGGAUAAGGCCCCAGCUGAAGCUUGGGAUGUUGGGGUCACAAAGUCAGUGUCUGAUGCAGAGGUCCUCAAGAAUGCGCAGGUAGAGAGCGUGCUUUCAGUGCCUAAUGCAGAGAAGCCUUGUGGAGACGGGAUUCAGGGUGAGGAAGAGGAGUUGUUUCAGUUGGUGCAGAGACUGAAAAAUGCACUUUCUGUAAAGGUGCAGCCAGGUAUGAAGUUUUUCUCAGUAAAGUUGCAGGCCUACGAAGAGUUGUGGCUGACAUGGCCAGUCACAGGACUGUCUCGUGCUAGUUUUACCUUACAUAUACCCCUUCACCUAGUGUUCAAACCACAGUGGGACUGAUUUGAGGAAAAAAAAAAAAAACAGAUUAGACCAAAUAUGGUCCACAGAGGUUGAGAGCAUUUACUUAAUAUGUUUUAAUGCAAAAGUUGUUGAAAGAUCUAGUAUUGAACACCUUUUUUGUAUUUAACUGUGCUCAUUGUAGACUCUAUGUUGCAUUCAUUCAAAUCCAGGGACUGUUGCAAAUGAUGUUCUGUUGUUAGGCAAACGUAGAGUGAAAGUAACGAUGUAUCCGCCCCCACUUUGAGAAAUGUAUGUUGUAGAACAGAGUACAUAACAUCUUUUAUAUAUUGA